UAUGCCUCUGUCUCUUCUUAUUUUUCAUCAUCCUCUGCACAGUUUCGGUGAUUAAAGAGUCAUCUAUAUCCAUGGCUAAAAAAAGCUCCCCGAGGUUGCAGCACCCUCUCGAAAUGCGGCACACAGAAAUUGCUUCUAUUAAAGAUGAGCAACGGGAUGGAAUUCCGGUGAUUCUGGAAAAGGCUGAAGGAAGUGAGAUACUUGACAUGCCUAGAAAAAAAUUCUUGGUUCCUACUGAUAUGUCUGUAGGCCAGUUUAUGUGUGUCAUACGGAAGACGUUUAAGAUCAAACCUGAAAAGGCUAUGAUUAUCCUCCUUAGGAAUUUUGUGAUCGCUACUG